UCGCGGAUAUUAGCCUUAGCGUUAGCAUUAGCGCUUUUUCCCGUGGAAAAAGAGAGAUCAGCGUUGUUCCGGUGUCGCUGCAGCCGGUGGCACGGCACUUUGCACUGGGAGAGCGCGGCUCUUCGCUUAACCUCUCCGCGUCACCCUUUUAGUGGUCUGUCCUGCCUGGAGAGAGAGAGAGAAACACCCCAUUAGCGUGCUGUUUCCUUUGCUGUCUGCGUGCACAGGUUUACUUUAGAGACAUGGCGAUGAGACAGACUCCUCUCACGUGCUCCGGUCACACCAGGCCUGUCGUGGAUCUGGCCUUCAGCGGAAUCACUCCUUAUGGCUAUUUUCUCAUCAGUGCUUGUAAAGAUGGUAAACCGAUGCUGCGCCAGGGAGACACAGGGGACUGGAUCGGGACGUUCUUGGGUCACAAAGGUGCUGUUUGGGGCGCCACCUUAAAUAAAGAAGCCACGAAGGCGGCGACUGCGGCUGCCGAUUUCUCUGCAAAGGUGUGGGACGCAGUCACGGGAGACGAGGUCCUCACCCUGGCGCACAAGCACAUCGUCAAAUCGGUGAACUUCACGCAGGACAGUAACUGCCUUUUGACCGGAGGAAAUGAUAAAAUGCUGCGGAUUUAUGACCUCAGCAAACCUGAAGCAGAGCCGCGAGAGAUCUCGGGCCACACGGCAGCCAUUAAGAAAGCUCUGUGGUGUAACAGCGACCAGCAGAUCCUCUCUGCCGCUGAUGAUAAAACCAUACGUCUCUGGGACAGAAACACAGGAGAGGUGGUGAAGACUCUGUCGUUCGAGGCGUCCGUCGGCAGCAUGGAGUACGUCCCCGACGGCGAGAUCGUGGUCAUCACCUACGGAAGGACCAUCGGCUUCUACAACGCUCAAACCCUGGACCUGAUCAAGACAGUGGACGCUCCGGCCUCCAUUCACUCGGCCUCCCUGCACCCUGACAAAGAUUUCUUUGUGGCAGGAGGAGACGACUUCAAGCUCUACAAGUACGACUACACCACCAAGGAGGAAAUGGAGUCGUAUAAGGGUCACUUCGGGCCUGUACACUGCGUGCGCUUCAGUCCCGAUGGAGAGCUGUACGCCAGCGGCUCUGAGGACGGGACGCUGCGCCUGUGGCAGACCGCCGUGGGGAAAACGUACGGACUGUGGAAGUGUGUGCUGCCCGAGGAGCUUUCUUCGGAGAACUCGGACGCUCUCUACUGCCCUCCGGCUGAGAUCAAGGCCUGAGGUGUGGAGCUGCAGAGAGGAAGAGAGAAGGAGAGGAGAGGUCCAGGACAGGUCCAGAUCAGAUCCCCUGCAGAGUGCUGUGCCACCUCAAUCUCCAUCACCCUGUACAAAUAAUCCGAAAAGAGAAGCAACCACCGGGCGUGGAGCUGCAGCCGGGGAGUGCAAGGGAACGCAGCAGCAGCGUCACGCUACACGACCCUGACCACGACCCUGACCACGCACCAGGAGGCAGUAGUAGAGAUGGGAGUGCUGACCUUCUGACUCCCAGCUGCCUGCUCUCUCUCUGAUGCUGUUCGACACCGUCCAGCUCCUCCAACGCUACUUUACUUUCAUUACUCGAGCUUUUCUUUCUUUGUUGUUGUUGUUUUUUUUUUCUCCACAGAAAGUAAACAGAAUGUGCUUUUAAACAAACAAAAAACAGGAUCCACUCAGUGAAGAUGAUCCAGAGGUGUUGCGUCACAUGUAAUCCACAGUGGUGUCGUGGUGUAUUAUAUUAACCACCCGUCAGUUUCAGGGUGUGUUUUGAAAUGUAACAGUGAAAGAAAAAAAUACUAACAAAAUAAAAAACUUAAGUUCUUAACUAUGUUUUUCUUUGCAGCUGUAAUGUGUGAUCAAUAAAGGUGAAUGAGAUUACAUUUA